UCAGAUGUUUCUAACCAAAACAACGUGAGUUACAAUGUCACGAAUUAGUUUGGCCGAAAUCGCUGUAGGCUCAGUUGGAUGUCUCGCAGCGACCUUUUUCGGAUUCCAGAUUUAUAAACAAAGAGUUGAUCAAGAAAACAUCCAAACUGAACCCUAUGUGAGACAAGCCCUUGGAAUACUGCAGGGUUAUGAUGUUGUCAUGGAAAGGUUGGGAAGUCCUUUAAAAAUGCAACAUAUAUCCAAAAAUCCUGAUGACAACAAGGUCGAUCCAUUGGCUGGAAAUGCUAAGUUGAAGAUUCCGGUAACAGGUUCUAAGGGACCCUCUGCUUAUUUGUACCUCUGGGCAACAAGACCUCCCGUUACCAUGGAGACACCAAAGAGCCAAGUUCCGACCUGGACAAUCAAUAAGCUGGACAUUGAACUUGGGCCGGAAUAUCGCUGGACAUUCUAUGUACAUAAAGAUCAAAUGGAUGGUGAAAAACUUUUAUCCAAAAAAGUGGAUAUACCAGAAAAGUUAUUGAAGAGUUCAUCAUGAAAACAUUACUGUUUAAAUUGACAUCUGUAUUAUUAUGUGAGCUUGGAAAGAAAUUCUUGUGGGAGUAAAUGAGGACUGUUCAGGAAGUCUUGUGGAGGUAGAUGAGGACUGUUGGGGAAGUCUUGUAGUCGAUGAGGACUGUUGAGGAAGUCUUGUGGAGGUAGAUGAGGACUGUUGGGGAAGUCUUGUGGAGGUAGAUGAGGACUGUUGAGGAAGUCUUGUGGAGUUAGAUGAGGACUGUUGGGGAAGUCUUGUAGGAGUUAGAUGAGGACUGUUGAGGAAGUCUUGUGGAGGUAGAUGAGGACUGUUGAGGAAGUCUUGUGGAGGUAGAUGAGGACUGUUGAGGAAGUCUUGUGGGUGUUAGAUGAGGACUGUUGAGGAAGUCUUGUGGAGGUAGAUGAGGACUGUUGAGGAAGUCUUGUGGAGGUAGAUGAGGACUGUUGAGAAGUCUUGUGGGAGUAAAUGAUGACUGUUGAGGAAGUCUUGUGGAAAUAAAUGAGGACUGUUGAGGAAGUCUUGAGGAGGGAGAUGAGGACUGUUGAGGAAGUCUUGUGGGUGUUAGAUGAGGACUGUUGAGGAAGUCUUGUAGGAGGUAGAUGAGGACUGUUGAGGAAGUCUUGUGGGAGUAGAUGAGGACUGUUGAGGAAGUCUUGUGAAGGUAGAUGAGGACUGUUGAGGAAGUCUUGUGGGAGUUAGAUGAGGACUGUUGGGGAAGUCUUGUGGAGGUAGAUGAGGACUGUUGAGGAAGUCUUGUGGAGGUAGAUGAGGACUGUUGAGAAGUCUUGUGGGAGUUAGAUGAGAACUGUUGAGGAAGUCUUGUGGAGGUAGAUGAGGACUGUUGAGAAGUCUUGUAGGAGUUAGAUGAGGACUGUUGAGGAAGUCUUGAGGAGGUAGAUGAGGACUGUUGAGAAGUCUUGUAGGAGUUAGAUGAGGACUGUUGGGGAAGUCUUGUGGGUGUUAGAUGAGGACUGUUGAGGAAGUCUUGUGGGAGGUAGAUGAGGACUGUUGAGGGAGUCUUGUGGGAGUAGAUGAGAACUGUUGAGAAGUCUUGUGGAAAUAAAUGAGGACUGUUGAGGAAGUCUUGAGUAGUACUUUUCUGAAUGAUUUAAUAUGUGAUGUUGACUACCUACCUGGUAAUUAUUGACCGUGGAACUCGUACCACGUCUCUGUGAUUCAGUUUUUUAUUGGCUGUAUUCAGGGUUUAAUACCCGGGUAUCAUUUAUUUAAUAUAUGUGUUGACUUGAGGAAGUCCAUAAAACAUCUAAUUGACAAAUGUUAAACUUACCGAAGUCCACAGAUAUGAUUAUCAUUGUGAAGAAGUAAAUGUUUAUCAUAUUAUUGUGUAAUAUUGUUGUCUUCUGUUCUUAAUAUUAAAAUGUGAUUAAAACUUA